AUGACUUCAGGCUCAGUCUUCGCCGGAACCAGCCCACUCCAAUACAACGCCAAAGACCCCAUCACGCUUCUUCUCUUCCAGGUAAUCCUCAUCCUCGCCGUCAGCAACCUCGUCCACCUCCUGCUUCGACACUUAUGGCAACCCCGCGUCAUCUCAGAAGUCAUUGGCGGCCUUCUCCUAGGUCCCUCCGUGAUGGGUCAUAUCCCUCACUUCACGGAAACCAUCUUCCCGGCCCCCUCGAUCCCAGUCCUAACCAGCACUUCCACCCUCGGCCUCAUCUUCCUCAUGUUCCUCGUCGGGCUCGAAGUCGAUCUCUCCGCUGUGCGUACCAACGCUAAACCAGCUAUUAUGGUCGCAGUCUUCGGGAUGUUACUGCCGUUCGGACUGGGUUGUGCGUUGGCUGUGGGCAUGUUUGAGCAUUUUGGCGCUGGAGAAGGGGAGGGAAAGUUUGGGGUGUUUGUGUUGUUUAUUGGGUUGGCGCUGAGUAUUACUGCUUUUCCUAUACUUGCUAGGAUACUGAUGGACUGUAACUUGCUCGAUACACCAGUGGGUGUCAUUAGCCUGGCGGCUGGCGUAGCGAACGAUGUCAUCGGAUGGAGUCUUUUGGCAGUUGCAGUGGCGCUUGCGAGUGCCGGUUCCGGGCUCAUCGCACUGUACAUCAUCCUAGCAUGUGCCGGGCUAGUGCUCCUAAUGCUCUUUGUCAUCAAACCUUGCCUCGCAUGCGCCCAUACCAACCUCACCAUGACCGAUUCUCCGAACGACCUCUUCACCCUCCUGAUCCUCAUCACCGUCCUCUGCUCCAGCUUCUUCACAGCGAUGAUAGGCAUCCACCCCAUCUUCGGCGCCUUCCUCGCCGGCCUCGUCGUCCCCAGCCGCCCCACCCUCACCAGAACCCUGACCUCCCACCUCCGCCCCCUAAUCAAUCACAUCCUCCUCCCCCCCUUCUUCGCCACCUGCGGCCUCGCCACCGACAUCAGCAGCCUCACCUCCGCCAUCGACUGGGCCUACGUCCUCGGCAUCAUCCUCGUCGCCUUCAUCGCCAAAGUCCUCGGUGGCUUCUGCGCUGCGAGGAUGUGUGGGAUGAAGGCUAGGGAGAGCUGGACGGUGGGGAUUUUGAUGAGUUGUAAGGGGAUUGUGGAGAUUAUUGCGUUGAAUGUUGCGUUGGAGAAGGGGAUUGUGGAGGGGAGGGGGUAUAGUGCUAUGAUUGUUAUGGCGGUUGUGUUGACGGGGGUGACGCAGCCGGCGGUGCUUUGGGUUUAUCCUGAGGGGAAGAGGGGAGGGAGGGUGGGGGUGGAGGCGAAGGGGGGUGGUGUUAGUAGUAGUAGUACAACAUGA